CGUUCGGUCCACACAAGCCAAGUCGUUGGAGCGGAAAGAGGGGAGGCGGAGAUGAGCUUCGCCUACGCCAUGGCGGCAGCCUCACCCUCGUCGCUCCUCCUCCCCAGACCUCAAACCCUAUCUCGUCCUCUCUUGAACGGCCGCCUCCCCUCGCCUCCCGCCACCCGGAGGAUCCCAUCCCUUCCCUUCUGGUAUCCGACGCGAGACCCCCGCAGGUUCGCUGCCUCUUCCUCGCCUUCCCCCAGCGCUGUGGAGGGGAAGCCUAAGCUGGAUGCCAAGAAUGGGGGAAGAAGUGCCAAGGACAAGGGGAAGAGUUUGAGGGAACAGAGGAUCGUUCUCCCCACCAAUGAAUCCUCCGAGAAGUUACUCCGGAUUCGCCACACGUGCGCACAUGUCAUGGCAAUGGCUGUUCAGAGAUUGUUCCCUGGCUCUAAAGUGACCAUAGGUCCAUGGAUAGACAAUGGUUUUUAUUAUGACUUUGAUAUGGAGCCUUUGACGGACAAGGAUCUGAAGAGAAUAAAGAAGGAAAUGGAUCGUAUCAUCAACCGCAAUCUACCUUUAAUAAGAGAAGAGGUAUCAAGGGAAGAGGCUCAAACACGAAUUAUGGCCGUAAAUGAACCAUACAAGUUAAAAAUAUUGGAAAGCAUAGAGGAAGAACCUAUUACAAUUUAUCAUAUAGGAAAUGAAUGGUGGGAUCUUUGUGCUGGACCCCAUGUGGAUUCGACUGGACAUAUCGAUAAGAAGGCUGUUGAACUUGAAUCUGUUGCUGGGGCCUAUUGGAGAGGUGAUGUAAGUAAACCCAUGUUGCAAAGGAUAUAUGGAACAGCAUGGGAGACCGAAGAACAGCUAAAAGCUUACCUUCAUCUAAAGGAAGAGGCAAAGCGACGUGAUCAUAGGCGUCUUGGUCAGGAUCUUGAUCUAUUCUCUAUACAGGAAGAUGCAGGUGGAGGAUUGGUAUUUUGGCAUCCAAAAGGUGCAACGGUUAGGCACAUUAUUGAAGACUCGUGGAAAAAAAUUCAUCUGCAACAUGGUUAUGACUUACUCUACACUCCCCAUGUUGCAAAGGCUGAUCUUUGGAAAGUCAGUGGUCACUUGGACUUUUACAAGGAAAAUAUGUAUGACCAGAUGAAUAUAGAAGAUGAACUCUAUCAGCUUCGUCCAAUGAAUUGUCCUUAUCACAUAUUGGUAUACAAGAGGAAGCUGCAUUCGUAUAGAGAUCUUCCUAUGAGAGUGGCAGAGUUGGGAACUGUAUACAGAUAUGAAUUGUCUGGUAGCUUGCAUGGACUAUUUCGUGUGAGAGGGUUCACCCAGGAUGAUGCACACAUAUUCUGUUUGGAUGAUCAAAUCAAAAAUGAGAUUAGGGGUGUACUUGAUCUGACUGAGGAGAUACUGCUUCAAUUUGGUUUCAAGAAGUAUGAGGUGAACCUUUCAACGCGGCCAGAGAAAUUUGUGGGCACUGAUGAUAUAUGGGAAAAAGCAACUAUUGCCUUGAGAGAUGCUUUAGAUGACAAAGGUUGGGCGUACCAGAUUGAUGAAGGUGGCGGUGCUUUCUAUGGUCCAAAAAUUGAUUUAAAAAUUGAAGAUGCACUAGGAAGGAAAUGGCAGUGCUCAACAGUGCAGGUUGAUUUCAACUUGCCUGAGCGGUUUGACAUAUCCUAUGUGGAUUCAAAUGCCGAGAAAAGACGUCCUAUUAUGAUCCACAGAGCUGUUCUUGGAUCUUUGGAGAGAUUUUUUGGUGUCCUUAUAGAACAUUAUGCUGGUGACUUUCCACUGUGGAUUUCCCCGAUCCAAGCUCGUGUUUUACCUGUGACUGAUACUGAGGUCAAGUACUGCACGGAGGUGGUAUCAAAGCUAAAUUCCAUUGGCAUCCGAGCUGAGCUUUGCUACGGCGAGCGCCUACCGAAGCUCAUAAGAAAUGCAGAAAAGCAGAAGGUGCCUCUCAUGGCAGUUGUUGGGCCAAAAGAAGUCGAGACUCAGAUGGUUACUGUCAGAUCGAGGUUUGGAGGUGAACUUGGAAUGAUGACCAUCGACGAGUUCAUCGCUAGAAUCCAGUUAGCCGUGUCAAACAGAACAUCAUUGUAGGAAACCCAUCUAACCUUGAUUCAAACAGUAUCAAAACUGAGUACAGUGGAGUUUGCCGUCGUAGCUUGUGCAUUCUCAACCAACAGCAACAGUAAAGGAUUCUAGUUUUCCCCCUCUCCCCCUUUGAUUCUCCCAAAUUAUGUACUAUAUUUGUUUGCUCUUAAUGAAGUAAUAUUUUCCUCCCA